CCCCACCAAACAUUAAAAUGAAAAGCAUGGUGCCUCAUGCCUCACGUUGAGCUCUAAAUUUCUCUCGCGUGCCCUUUUGUCGCGUUUGACCUCAGCGCUGUUUAGACCCGCCUCAGAAUUACGCAUAUGAAUCUUUCUCUGAAGAGUCCCCAUUUGGUUUUUCUCUCAAUGGGCGUUUCUUCAAUUUAUGGAAUUUUUUUUCUCUGUUUUUCUCUUCUAGGUGUCGCUUACCUUUCUUUUUCUUUCUUUCUUUUCGACCCAUUAUUAUAAAUCAUGAUAUCAGAAGGUGUGGAAAACUGAGCGGCAAAGAUUGAUUGAAAUUUGUUGGUUAUCUAAAAUUGUUAAAAAAAAAAAUUAUAAAUUCUUAAGGAAUUGAAUAUGUCAAACAAGUUUAAAACGGUAGUAUCAUGUCAAGCGCAGCACUCAUUAUUAUUAUUAUUAGUUGAAUUCUAGGAUUCUUUGAUGGUUCUACAAUUUGGAUUCUCAUUUCUUUGCUUAUUAAUUUUUUGCUGCUAUAGAGUUAUAUUCUAUUUAUUACUAAUUGCUGUAUUGCUUGUAUUAAUAUUUUUUCUAGAUAAUGGAUGGUGGAAAGCAGAGCAGUGAGGUGUCAAUUGUUAUAUCUGAAACAAUGGAGAUGAGCUCGAGGGAAGGGAAAAGGAAGAGAUUGUGGAAGAAAGUGAAGUACCAGCUAGUAGGGUAUCAUUCUUUGCCCAGUUAUUUAAGGGACAAUGAGUACAUAGUGGGCCAUUACUGAUCUGAGUGGCCGUUGAAGCAGGUCCUGCUAAGCAUCUUCAGUAUUCACAAUGAAACAUUAAAUGUUUGGACACAUGUAAUUGGGUUCUUCCUUUUCCUUUCCCUGACCAUAUACACUGCCGUGAAGGUUCCAAAGGAGGUCGAUCUUCACUCUCUACAACUUCCAGAAGUGUUGAAAGCUGAUUUACACAAAUUGUAUGAAUGUCUCCCUUCUUUACCCACCCUGCCUAAUAUUCACAGACUUAGGGAGGAAAUAAGGACUAUGUUGCCCUCAAUGGAUAUGCUUCCGUCUGUUUCAGGAUGGCACAUUAUGGAACUUCUAUACAGUUGUUUGCCUGAACGAUUCUCCAGUGGCAACCACACGGAUAUCUAUGUUCUGGGCAAUAUGAAGGAGGAUGUGGCAAACGUGAUAGCACCCCUGAUGGUGAGGCCAAUCACAUGGUGACCCCUUUUUGCUUUCCUCAGCGGGGCCAUGCUUUGCUUGCUAGCUAGCAACACAUGCCGCUACCUCUCCUGCCACUCUGAAUGCAUGUCGUACAUUAUGCUUAGGCUGGACUAUACUAGAAUUGCAGCUCGCAUCUUUUACCCUCCUGUUUAUUACUCCUUCAUGUGCAACCCUUUCUUUUGCAACUAAUUGUGAUUCAUAACCAUUAUGGGAAUUGCCACAAUUUUGGUUUCUCUCCUGCCAAUGUUUCAAACACCAGAACUCCGAAUCAUUCGAGCAGCUCUCUUCCCUGGAAUGGGCAUGUCCGGAAUAGCACCAAUCCUGCACAAGCUUAUCUUGUUCUGGCACCAGCCUGGGGCACUCCACACAACAGGAUCUGAAGUUCUGAUGGGAAUUUUGUAUAGAAUUGGAGCAUUGGUUUAUGCUACAAGGAUUCCAGAACGAUGGAUGCCUGGAAAAUUUGACAUUGCAGGGCACAGCCACCAACUUUCCCAUAUAUUUGUAGUGGCUGGGGUUUACACUCGUUAUCAUGCGGGGCUAGUUUACCUCAAGCUGGAAGGAUGCUAGAGAAAACAUAUCCUGAAUCUUAAAAUAACUUGGCAGAUGAAAACCUAGGCAAUCGCACUGUAUAAAUAAUUAGGUCAAGUGAGUCAUGAUAUAUGAUUGCAGUGGGAAAUCAGAAUGCUAUUUCCUC